GGGAAGCGUGAUCGCGGGAGGCCACACGUUAGGGUCUGGGCGCUCAGGAGGUGCGGCCGGCAGGGCGGGCGAGGCGGGCGAGCAGAACACGCCGCCGCUCCGGCCCCCGCGCCGCGCUCGCUGGCUCGGGGCUCGCAGGGGACUGGCAGGAACCGGAGCAGCACUGCCGCCUCUGGCGCGAAGGCUCAGGCGCCUCCUCCCUCCCCAAUCACUGUGGCUCGGCGCACGCUGCCGGCGGCUGCCCUUUCCGCCUCUCGGGAAGAGGACCCGUGGGCCACUGUCGCGAUCCAACCAUGGCCUCGGGCCGCAGAGGCUGGGACAGCUCCCACGAAGACGAUCUGCCCGUGUACCUGGCCAGGCCGGGCACCACCGACCAGGUCCCGCGGCAGAAGUACGGCGGCAUGUUCUGCAACGUGGAGGGCGCCUUCGAGAGCAAGACGCUGGAUUUCGAUGCCCUGAGCGUGGGGCAGCGGGGCGCGAAGACUCCCCGGAGCAGCCAGGGCAGCUCCCGAGGCUCGGGGAGCCGAUCCGGCGCCGAGGGGGACACACCGCGCCGGGGCCAAGGCCGAGAGGAGAGCCGGGAGCCCGCGCCCGCGUCGCCCGCUCCCGCUGGGGUGGAGAUCCGGAGCGCCACGGGCAAGGAGGUUUUGCAGAACCUCGGCCCCAAGGACAAGAGCGACCGUCUUCUGAUCAAGGGAGGCAGAAUCGUCAACGAUGAUCAAUCCUUUUAUGCUGAUAUUUACAUGGAAGAUGGCUUAAUAAAGCAAAUUGGAGACAAUCUGAUUGUCCCUGGAGGGGUGAAGACCAUUGAGGCCAAUGGGAAAAUGGUGAUCCCUGGAGGCAUCGAUGUCCACACUCACUUCCAGAUGCCCUACAAGGGAAUGACCACAGUGGAUGACUUCUUCCAAGGGACCAAGGCUGCCUUAGCGGGGGGCACCACCAUGAUCAUUGACCACGUGGUGCCCGAGCCCGAGUCCAGCCUGACGGAGGCCUAUGAGAAGUGGCGGGAGUGGGCCGAUGGCAAGAGCUGCUGUGACUACUCCUUACACGUGGACAUUACCCACUGGAAUGACAGCGUCAAGCAGGAAGUACAGAGCCUUAUCAAGGACAAAGGGGUGAACUCCUUCAUGGUUUACAUGGCUUAUAAGGAUUUGUAUCAAGUAUCAAACACAGAGCUGUAUGAGAUCUUCACCUGUCUGGGAGAGCUGGGAGCCAUCGCUCAGGUGCACGCUGAGAAUGGGGAUAUCAUUGCCCAGGAGCAAACCCGGAUGUUGGAAAUGGGGAUAACCGGCCCAGAAGGCCAUGUACUGAGCAGACCAGAGGAGCUGGAAGCUGAGGCUGUGUUCCGUGCCAUCACCAUCGCCAGCCAAACCAACUGUCCUCUCUACGUCACGAAGGUCAUGAGCAAGAGCGCAGCUGACCUCAUCUCGCAAGCCAGGAAAAAAGGAAACGUGGUCUUUGGUGAGCCCAUCACCGCCAGCCUGGGCACGGAUGGGACCCAUUACUGGAGCAAGAACUGGGCCAAGGCGGCUGCGUUUGUGACAUCCCCACCUCUGAGUCCUGACCCAACCACCCCUGACUACAUCAACUCCUUGCUGGCCAGUGGGGACCUGCAGCUCUCCGGCAGUGCCCACUGCACCUUCAGCACUGCCCAGAAGGCCAUCGGGAAGGACAACUUCACAGCCAUUCCCGAGGGCACCAGUGGUGUGGAGGAGCGGAUGUCUGUCAUCUGGGACAAGGCCGUGGCCACGGGGAAGAUGGAUGAAAACCAGUUUGUGGCCGUGACAAGCACAAAUGCUGCCAAGAUCUUCAACCUGUAUCCCCGCAAGGGAAGAAUAUCUGUGGGCUCUGACAGCGACCUGGUGAUCUGGGAUCCAGAUGCUGUCAAGAUCGUCUCUGCCAAGAACCACCAAUCGGCUGCAGAGUACAACAUCUUUGAAGGGAUGGAGCUGCGCGGGGCUCCUCUGGUGGUCAUCUGCCAGGGCAAGAUCAUGCUGGAAGAUGGCAACCUGCACGUGACCCAGGGGGCUGGCCGCUUCAUUCCCUGCAGCCCCUUCUCGGACUAUGUCUACAAGCGCAUUAAAGCCCGGAGGAAGAUGGCGGACCUGCACGCAGUGCCCAGGGGCAUGUAUGACGGGCCGGUGUUCGACCUGACCACCACACCCAAGGGGGGCACCCCCGCCGGCUCCACCCGGGGCUCUCCCACGCGGCCCAACCCGCCUGUGAGGAACCUCCAUCAGUCCGGAUUUAGCCUGUCAGGCACCCAAGUGGAUGAGGGGGUCCGCUCGGCCAGCAAGCGCAUCGUGGCGCCCCCUGGAGGCCGUUCUAACAUCACAUCCCUGAGUUAAGCGACCCCUCCCCCAAAGAGGGGCAGAAGCAAGAAGCGAUUCUUUUGAAGCCAAAAUGGUGCACCAAUAUUUAAGAAGGAAAGUGAAUCCAAACAGUUCGAUCUAAAGAAUCAAUAAGCCUCAAGCCUUAUGUUUCUCCAAUGUUAACGCUCGCUUGCCUAGCUUUACGAUUAUUGCUUUGUUUUCUGUUUAUGCAUAGCCUUGAUUUGUUGGACGCCCCGACCCCCCAUUUACAUGCAUGCAAUCAGGCCACUAAGGUAAAAGCAUCCGCUAUAUAGUGUUGAGAGCGUGUGUAGUGCUGCAUCUUACGACAAGGGGACAGACAAAGCUGGGACGUCAGGAAAAUGAACAAAAGGGACGCCAGUUAUUUGGGGUGAGUGGGUGGUGGGAGCCCAGAGCAAGGCAGAGGGCUCAGAGGGACUGGGGUAGGGUGUGUACGGGGGAGGCGGGUGGGUGAGCAUAAGGGGUCUUGUGUAUUGUGUUGAUGAAGUAACAUUGAUUUCCACGGAAGAUGGCCACUCGGGGCAGCUGUCACGCCAUCACGGUCCCCUGGGGUCUGCGGAGAAGGCAGGCAGUCUUCGGGUUCUGGACUUUGUCACAUCCCCUCCUAGUAGAUUUUAUCCCUUGGAACAUUAAAACACCAAAACACCAAAACCCAACCAUUGCUUCCACCUGCUUGGUCGUGCCAGUGUUUGGUCGGGCCUUUUUCUCACUGUUGCUUUCAAAUUCUUCUCUUUCCUGGGCUGGGAAGGAAGAGGGGAGAGAGGAAAGGACCUUUCUCUUGCUCUUGCCCUCCCUGCCUCUUUGGUGCUCUUAAAAGGCAGCAGCUGGGAGCACAGCACAGGCCCUGGGGGGAGGGCAGCCACGCUUAAAUAGCGCCUCCCUCUAAACACGUGUUGGAGCUCACCUCUCGCGGCUCUUUGCAAACCAAGGCAAGCAGCGGGCUUCUCGAGUUAGGACUGGAGCUGAGAUGGGCUUCUCUUGCCAAGGGUGAGUGAUUUUCUUGAUCUCCUAAGAUCCAGGCACAUCCAUGAUUGAAUAUGAUUUUUUUGUCAUUAUUGUUAAAAUUUUGUUUGCUUAGAUGUUCCCUAGCUUUUAUUACUGAUAGGGAGUCUCAGCUCCUAUGGGAGGCCAGCAGGGAUGUGGGAAGGCCCGUCUGGAACAGAAGGUGCACGCUCUGUGGCCGUGGUUCUCUUUGUCAAUUCUGAACCAUCUCUUUCCCCUUCCGUCAGCAUAUCCCUUAGGGGAACUUUUUGUUCUAGUACCAGAAUCUCCCAGUGAGUGGAAGUGACAUGACACGUAAAGGAAAUUAGCAUAAAGCAUUAGCAUCCACCUUGUCUGUCAGACAUGAAUGUCCAAUUCCCUAUCAUGCCACUUCUGAAAAUUCAGUUUUGGAGCAAGUUCUGUGAGCCCAAUGAGAAUUUGUAGAACCAAGAGGCCCAUAUACAGGAAAAAUUGAUUCAACCUGGGAUCAGACUUCGGUGCUCAGGGGAUCCAGCUGGUAGAUCCCGCAACUCUGUGUACUAAGUACUUUCAAGAAAAGAGCCGGCCUCGAGCACCUUUCAGGUGCAUAGGAGAAGCCAUUAUCUCUGCAAGUUUUAAUAAGACCAGAGAAAAGGGGACACGUGGCUAAAAAGGAAUCUGGAAAUAGCCAAGGAAGAGGAUUUCCCUAGCAAGCUACUUUCUGUUCUAAUCGUGAAAAAGAUGAUUUCCCUUCAUAAAAGGAGUCUUGCUGUUUUUAAGGCUUUUUCAUGGUGCCUUUAUUUUAAAGGAAACGUAAGCGAAGGGGAGGACGUAGCUCUUGAUUUAUAACUCAAAGAUUUGGGGGCCUGUGGUACAAUAGAACUCAGAAUGACAGUUUUGCAAGCAGAGGAGCUAGUCAGAUCUGAAGCAUCUGUAUAUAUGCCUCAUUGGCUGGGCUGGGCUUUAGGAUACGUUGCAGUACCAGCUAUAACCACCAGAUGGAGGAAAAGACACGUAUAUGACUCUAGUCCGAGCAUCCACUUGUGUGCCCCCUGCUGCUCUUACCCGGCCUGAGUCCAACUUAUCCUCCCCAUGACCUCUCUGUGCUUUGAAAAAUAAAUCUUUCAUGGCCAAGUUGGCUGCACUUGGGACUCCUGAAUGAAACACUCAAGCAGAACUUUAUAUUCUACACAAGUUUCCUAUGCUGUAGGAACAACCCCUAUAUGCCUUCACGGUGGGCAACAGUAUCUGAGGAAGUCUCCCUGUUUUCACGUACUAUUAGUAACUUUCCAAGCAUAGAAAGUUCUGAGAACUCCAAGAAAACUCCCACCAUAUUCUUGACUUUAAUUUCUGAUGCUUUGUUACUUAAGUUAAAAUUUAUAUUCAAAUGUGCCAUGUUCUAUGAGACCCGUUAAAGAGCCCUGUCCUAAGGGUUUAGGAAGAGAACAUGGUGGUGAGUCACAGCCCUCUCAGAAUUCCCUGGCAUCUCAUCCGCGUGUGGGAGGCCAUGCCGGGUCUUCCGUCUCCCCCAAGCUUUCUUUUGCUGUCUCAGCUCUUGGCCUGGCCCCUCUCUAAGUGGGGGAUGGCAGUCACCUGGGCUUCUUUCUGGGACGGCCACCAUCUUGGGUAGUUGAGAAGGUAUUAGUAGAACUGUUAAAUCAGCUGCCCCGCUAGAGCUAUUUCCUCUAAGUUUUCUAAAGAUGGCAGUGUUGUAAUUAUCCCGAGAAUGGGUUUCUUCAAAGUCCAGUCAUCCUAUGGCCUUUUGCUUCAUGACAACACGCAGAGAGUCAUGCUCUUCUCCACAGGCCUCAAUCCCAAGCCUGCACUUGGGCUCCCCCUGAGACAUCUUCCCAGCAGCUUCCUGCCACAGCUUCUCAGGCCUUCUCCCCUGGAAAACUCCAGCUCGAGUCCCAGUGUACACAUGGGCUGUCCUGAGCAGCCAGCAUCCCUUUCAAGUUCCCUCUUUGGAAACGGUGUGUGGGUGUUCAGUUGUGUCUGGUGACUAUGGACAGACAGUAAAUCUCCCUGUGAUCUGUGGUAGCUGUGAGGCAGCUCUGGAACGCGAAGAGCUGUUUGCUUUGAACCGUGAAGAAGACUGUGUUUUGAGUUUAGCUGAGAUUAAGAAAAAAAAAGUUCAUCCAGUGACUGUUAAUGUAAACCUGGUUAUUAAAAUCACUAUAAAAUCACA